GCCAAAUGGAACCGUUUGCGUUUCUUGAUCCCCACCGUAACUUCACAGGCGCAGAAAGAAGCUCAAUCCUCCACUGUUGCACCCACAGGUGUAAACAUCACCGACGAGCUAAUCGCAGGUGGACUUUCUACUCUUAUGUUACGGCUCUGGUUUGAGCGCGACGAGAAGGAUCGUAGGCGUGUCCCAGUGCUCUUGCAUAGGUUACGCAUCCGAAUCAGCGACAGUCUUCAUCCUUUACACGGUACCCAAAGUGUGUUCCGCAUAGAAUGUGAAUACGCCAAUGGCGCCGCGCGGUGGGUUGUUUAUCGCCAACUGCGCGACUUUCUCUCUUUACACACGCACUAUGCGGUUUCGAAUGCCUACAAUCGCAAUGUGGACAAUCUCCCUGAGUUCCCUCGCACAAGUCUGCCGUACUUUAAAUUCCUGAAAAAGGAGAGCCGCGAGAAAGGCGGGGAAGUCAAGCGAGCUGAUUUUGCUCGUCUCCAGAGAGAGGCACUGGAAGACUACCUUAUUAGUCUAGUCAGAGCUGUCAUGUUUCAUCCAGCUUCAAACAGGUUAGCUGGUUUUCUGGAGAUCAGUGCUUUGUCUAUCUCUCUGGCGCAGUCUGGAGGCGCACAGUACAAGGCUGGAUAUCUCCGGGUCGAGGCAGUGACUAGUAAUAAGCCUUCGGGCUUUGGACGCAGAGCGGCAAGCCGGCGCGAGAAAAGAGAGCAGAAGUGGUGCUCUAUCAGGGAGAGCUAUCUCGUCGCCGUGGAAGAACCAGGACAGACUUCUGUCUGGGAUGUGUUCAUGUUGGAUCCCGACUUCAAGAUCGAACGGCCUAUGCGAUACUAUCGUCAAGGCUUGCACCUUCUUCAAGGGGAACAACACGAGCGACAGUCUGAGGAGGUCAAGGAUAAGGCUUCAUCCUCGUCAUCUACAUCGUCGCGUCCCCCAACCCCCAUGUUAGACCCAUCCACAAAUACCAAUCCCUUGAUGGAAGCACCAAGCAAAAACCAGGCACAAGACGAAGACGAGAAGACAAAGAAGAAGAAAUCUAGUGAUGUUUCAAAGCAUACUUUCUACGUCGAAAAUUCACAAACGAGGCUCAAGUUGUAUGCGAAAAGCGAACGACAAAUGCUGCAAUGGAUCGCGGCGCUUGAGAGGGUUGCUGCGACAUCGCACUACACCGGACGUAAUCGGUUUGACAGCUUCUCCCCCAUUCGAUUGAAUGUUGCGGCUCAGUGGCUCGUUGAUGGUCGUGACUACUUUUGGAAUCUUUCUCGUGCUAUUCUUCUGGCAAGGGAUGUAAUCUAUAUCCACGAUUGGUGGUUGUCUCCUGAGUUGCAGCUGCGUCGUCCCGGGAAGCCUAAAUAUCGAUUGGAUCGAUUAUUAGAAAGGAAGGCCAAGGAAGGCAUUAAAGUGUACAUCAUUGUCUAUCAGGAGGUGUCUAAUCGAACGACACCUACGGAUAGCAACUACACCAAGCAGCGGAUGACAUCGUUACAUCCGAACAUCAUGGUCCAGCGAUCUCCGUCCCAUUUCCAGACAGGUACCUUCUAUUGGGCCCAUCAUGAGAAGCUCUGUGUCAUUGAUGAGACUAUCGCCUUCAUGGGAGGCCUGGAUCUAUGCUUUGGACGAUGGGAUACGUCACAACACGUCCUCACAGACGACCCAGGAGAUGAGGGCGCAGAAGAAAUUUGGCCUGGCAAGGAUUACAGUAACGGUCGCAUGAAUGACUUCCACACACUCAAUAAGCCUGAAGAAGAUAUGCACGAUCGCACCAGAAUUCCUCGCAUGCCAUGGCACGAUGUGGGGUUACAAGUUCUUGGGCAACCAGCGCGAGACGUAGCACGUCAUUUUGUGCAAAGAUGGAAUUAUCUACUCCGCAUCAAGAACCAUUCACGCGUCAUGCCAUUCCUCCUUCCACCCCCUGAGUUCAAGCCUGGAGAGUUGGGCCAGUUGGGUCUUACUGGAACAUGCGAAAUGCAGAUCUGCCGUUCUGCUGGUCCAUGGUCAUUGGGCACGCCGGACAGAAUUGAACAUUCGAUACAAAAUGCCUACUUGAAAGCUAUCCAGAUGUCUGAGCAUUUCGUUUAUAUUGAGAAUCAGUUCUUCAUCUCGUCGACCGUGGUGGGUGAUGUGACCGUCGAAAACAAGAUUGGCGACGCUAUAGUGCAUCGCAUCAUUCGUGCCCAUCGCGAGGGUAUUCCAUGGAAAUGCUGUGUCGUCAUUCCACUUCUACCCGGAUUCCCCUUUCCUGUCGACCAUACUGAUGCGAGUUCCGUUCGUAUCAUCCUUGAAUGCCAAAACCGAACUAUAUGUCGCGGCCCCAAUUCAAUUUUUGCUCGCUUGCGUCGAGAAAACAUCGAUCCGGACAACUACUUCACUGUAUUUUCGCUUCGUAACUGGGGAAAGCUCCGCGGAGAUGUCUUAACCUCAGAACUUGUUUACAUCCACGGCAAAGUCUGCAUUGUCGACGACCGUUUGGUCAUCAUCGGAAGUGCGAACAUCAAUGAACGAUCUCAGCGGGGGGAUCGUGACUCUGAAAUAGCUGCUAUUAUUAGAGAUACUGACAUGAUAGACGGUUCAAUGGCUGGUAAACCUUUCAAAGUUGGGCGGUUUGCUCAUACACUUCGUGUGCGCUUAAUGCGUGAGCACGUUGGCGUAGACGUGGACGCUAUUGACGAGCAAGAUAUGCUAGCGAAAGAUCCUCCCAAGGAGGAGCACCAGCAGCACGAAUGGGACCCCGAUGCAGAGCAGGAAUAUGGACGGGAGGAUGUCACAGCAAAGAAGUCAGCACGCGAGGUUGUACACGGUUCGAGCGAUAUUGGUUCUAAGGAUCUCGCCGAGGUUUUGCAAAGAACCAGCAUAUCACGUCGUCCUCCUGAAGGCUUUCCUGAUGCUAGGGCAGGAAACAAGUCCCUGCAAGAUGAGCGCCAAACUUUCACGCGCGACGGGGAAAAGGUUCCAGGAUUUACGAGCUCCGUCGUUCCAACUCUCGAAGAGCAGAUGAUCAUGGAACACCGGCCUUCCGCCGAACAUGCUUAUGGGAGUCCUAUUGAGGAAGACAUUGAGAAGGAGGCGAAGGAAGAUGCAGGUGCUUCGUCGGGUGAUCUGCGCGAUGAGACUGGACUGCUGUGUGGUGCUCCUGCCGAUGCCCAACCGGAGGCGGACGAUCAACCCCCGCAUGCGAGUGAAGUCAAGAGUGAUGCUGAUACUGAAGAAAAGCGGGCACCUCAUGUGCGUUCAAUCUUGAGGAGGCACCUUGGAGCGAAGCUUGGACAUAACCCAUGGACUUUGCCUACACCAACGCCAAAGAUCGACCCGGACGGUUUUGAAGAUCCAGUCUGCGACGCCUUUUGGAAAGAUGUCUGGGUGGCAUCCGCUGUGCACAAUACGGAAAUCUUCCGCAGAGUCUUCCAUGCAAUUCCAGACGAUCUCGUCGCUACGUGGAAACAAUACACCGAGUUCGUUGCUCACCACGAGCGCUUGAACAAACCGGAAGGAGAAGAUAAGGCUCCACAUGACGAUGAUGCAGCCUGUUCCAAGACGGGGUCUAGCGGAGACGACAAGGAGCCCUCCGUACCAAACGGUCAGGGGCCUUCUGAGAAGGUGAAGAAACCUGAGAAAGGGGAACCACCUUUCACGCGGCAGGAAAGAGAGGAGAUGGAAUCUCUACUCCGUGAACUAUGUGGCCAUCUUGUGCUGUAUCCUACGCGGUUCCUAGAGGGCGAAGAUAUCGCCAACAAUUUCUUGUUCAAUGCUGACAGACUGAUGCCUAUGCCUAUCUACGAUUAA